CCCGGCGGUUGCUCAGCAACCGGCUGGCGGGGGCGCCGCGCGGCCAUGCAGAAGCCGGGCGGGACCCUGAGCGCGGCGGUCCGGGAGCACCUGAGGCGCUUGUGUCUGCGCGAGUUCCCGUGCGGCACUGGCAGCUGGAAUAAGUCACGCUUUCUUCCUCGAACGUGGCGAGCAUGGAAGGAGCUGGUCCCCAGAGAGGAGGAGGCCGGGAACCCUGGGGAGGAGACGGUGGAGGCGCUCCUGGGCCUGGUCCGAAGCCCCAACUCACCCUGGGCUCUGCCGGAGGGCUCCAGCGCAGAGGACCAUUUUCUGAAGGAACUGGCCAUCCAGAAUCCCCUGGUGCUCAAAGACACCUUCUUCUACUCCUACUUCAGGUCCCUUCGGGUGGUGGACAAGCAGGUGAGCCUGGUGGAUAAAGGUCUCCUGAAAUUUCUGAAUCUUGAAGAGUUGGUACUGAGUGCCAAUCAGAUCAAGGAGAUAGACGCCAUCAACCUGCCCCCAACACUCAGGGUGCUGGAGCUCUACGGCAACAAGAUCAGCAGUGUGGAGUGUCUGUGCACUCGCCCGCCCCCACACCUCCAGCACUUGGGGUUGGGUCAGAACAAGCUUCUGGGCCCCUUGGAAAGUCUCUAUGUCACCGCAGACUACUGGCCGAACCUCGUCUCCCUGGACCUGAGCUUCAACGACCUGACGGACCUGCAGGGCCUGAUUGCCAGCCUCCGCACCCUCCCGCACCUGCGGGUGCUCGUGCUCCAGGGGAACCCGCUGGCCCUGGUGCCCUACUACCGAGGCUUCACCAUCGACAGCCUGCCCCGGCUCUGCGUGCUGGACGACAUCACCGUGUCUCCCAGUGAGAAGUAUCAGUUCCGGGGGCUCAGCCGGAGUGGGGACCUCUUGGCCCGUGAGGCCCAGCUUGUGGUGACUAUUGGAAAUGUCAAGGGCGUUCUGGACACCUCUAUCCUGGACCCAGAACCGGGGCCUCAAGGCCCUUUUAUCUCCUACAGCUAUUACGUGACCUACGACUUUGUGGAAGAUGAAGAAGGAGAAAGAAGCACGCAUGGUGGCGUGCUGGCUGAGAUCGUCAAGCCCUCGCCCAGCACCGAACAGCUGGAUGAGGACAUCCCUGAAGAGCUCUUCCGGGAGGCCGAAGACUCCCCGGAGUCCGGGCUGUCCAGCCAGUCGGGAGAGCUGGAGGAAUCGGAGGGCUCGGGGCACCUGCCCAGGGUGACCGACUCCGCGGAGGAGCUGGCCAAGCUGCGGCCGCGAAUAGAUCCCCGGCUCUGCCCCUCCCCGGGGACUGUUCUCUUCAGCACCGGCCGCGAGCCCUGGACUGACGUCAUCCCCUGCCACUAUGAGAUGCAUCACACGCUCCGGGACUUGGUGCCCCUCAAGGCCUUCCUGCUGGCAGGGACCACCGUGACCAUCGUGGAGGAGAAGAUUCUCGCCUGGCCUGCAGUGCCUUCAGCUGUCGACGCUGUGUUGUCUUCCAAGAGCGGAAAAGGGCAGAAGGACAAGAAGGGGCAGAAGGACAAAGACAAGAAGGCAAAGGACCGGAAGGACCAGGCUGGGAAAGCGGAGAAAGAGCCGGUGCCGAAGGAGCAGAAGGCGUCCAAGAAGAAGGAGCUUCCUAAGGAGCUCCGGCAGGACCCGCCCAUCCUGCGGGUGCUGGGCAGCGGCUUGGUGGCCUUGGAGCCCCUGCUGGUGGGGGAGCCACUGGUGUCCGAAGUGUGCAACUUCGGGGUGAUCCGCACCUUGGAAACGGACAACCUGAUCGCCCUCAGGGAUGCAAAGAAGAACAAGAACAAGAAAGCUAAAAAAGCUCCGGAGCCAAGGAAGUCCAAGACCAAGGUGCCAGCGUCGCUAGACCUACAAAUGCUGAAAGAAAGUAUCACCAGCAUACUUCCAUUACAAGAAAUGUUCAAAGAAGUCCUGUAAAUGGAAGAAAAUACUAGAUGGAUCCGAAUCUGCACAAAGAAUUCAAGAGCCCUGGAAAUGCUAACUGUGGUUAAAUAUAGAGACUCCUUUCUUAUUAUUUAACUAUGUUUAAAUGAUUGUUCAUUGUUUCAUGGAAAGAUGCACUGCAGUGCCUACAGCACCAGUAGAAUGUAAGGAUAGCAGAGAGACGAAGGGUGGGAGUAAGGAAGGGAUGACAGUGCAUCACUGCGUCACCAUCAGGCUCCUAUUUCUGUGUGAAGUGUCCUCUCCCCUGAAUAUGGAAACUCAAAGGACCUAGAAUAGCCAAAACAACUUUGAAAAAGAACAAAGAACAUACACCAAUGGACUUCAGGAAGGACCCACGCAGAUUUACGAUCAAGCCACCGGGUUAAGAUGGUCUUAAUUUUUUUUACACCUCUGUAAAUCCUUUUAUUGUCUGGUUUAAUUGACAGUUGCAUUGAAAUAGCUGCAUCUGCUGUUAAUCUCUUGUGUUGCAGUGUUGGAAGUGGAUGGAGAAAACCCAGUCUCAUGGAUGUGUAAUUGGAAAAGGGAAUAUUUUAAUAGACUUUCAAAUAAUGAUAUUUUUCUUUGAUAGUAUGUCAAAUUUGACAACUAGUAGUUUUUUAAAGGCUGUUGCAGAGUGAAAACAAUCUAUAUGAAUGCAUUUUUGGUAGUCAGUUAUGUUAAAAUCCAUUCAUUGGUCUGCAUUGCCUCUUUUUUUUUUUCCAUUGCAUUUUGAAGGGCUGUCUUACUCAUGCACAAUCUGUAACAUCAGACAUUGGUUAUUUGUUCACUGAGUAUGCAGAUCUUUCAACUGUUGACACAUUUCAUUAUACAUCAUCCAAAAAUCAUGUUCCGCACCUAUAUCAUUAGAAGAGUCUUUGAGGACUGGGAAACUGUUAACGUUCAUGGUAGUAGAUACAGUAUUUCAAAAUUCUAAUUUCUACUGGAAAGCUCAAAUGUUAUAAAUUCAUCAAAAUGCGUUCCGUUGUCUUCCCUGAAAUGCCCGACUUCAUGCGCUGUUUAGAAAAUAGCUGCCAAAUAGUCACGUCGGAACAACCGCGGUUAGGGUUCUUCCAGGUGAGGACGGCGCUCCCAGGCCCGGGCAGCGGCUCGCCCUGCAGCGCGCACAGCUGCGCCCGGCAGAUGACGGCCUGAUGACAGGUGGCCCCACGGCUCCUCCCUGCGGGGAAGGGGCUGGGAUCUCGGACUCGCAAACCGCGCUGCCCCUGGGCGUGGAGGACGGCUCUGCCGGUCCAGGGCGGCCGAGGGGCAGCCGGCACGUCUCUCGGGACUCACACGCGU